AUGAACGUUAAGUCUAACUAUGUUGAAGUCAAGCCACGCCGCCCUUGGAUGGAAUGUCCUCAGCUCCCAGAUGACAGCGAUAAUGACCCAGGUCUGGCUUUCAUCUACAAUUUGGACCAACUGAUUGUAACCGAACAAAGGGAUGGCUUGCACGAUAUCAUAGGUAACGAAGGCAUCGCUUACACCAUCUUUAAUAGCGUCGGGCAGAAAGUGUUCCUAGCAGUGUUGAAUAAGAAAUUUAGAAAUUUCAACAUAAAAAUUUUCAACAACUACGGCAACGAAGUUAUUAAUGUCGAAAAACCUUUUACUUGGUGGACAAACAAGGUGCUGGUGUGGGCUCCUCCUGGGAAUUUUGUGGGGUCUGUACAGGAGCGGUCCAAAUGUAUAUUAAACAAGUACACAGUUAGAAAUCAAGUGGGGACGAAAAUAUUGAAAAUACGGUCCGAAGGUUUUGGUCGGUACGUGUACAAGGUGUACCUGGUGAGUACCAGGUAUGCUAUCGGAGUGGUGAGGGAACAGAGUCCUGCGGGUUAUAUCCGCAAAACAAAGAACUUCGGCGUCUCGUUUCCCGCUGAAAUGAACGUGUACGACAAGGCGGUGCUACUGGGAGCAUGCUUUCUCAUCGGCUUGUACAAAUACUAA